CUCUCCUUCUCCUCUCCGCCUCUCGUCUGUUUCUGCAGCGUGUGGUUUUCUCUCUCUUUCCCUCCCGGACCGAUGCGAUGCCAUUCCUCCCUCAGGACGCCGAGCGCUUCGAUGGGCUGUCUCUGCUCUACUGGACGAUCAUGGGGCCUCACGGCAUCAACCGGGCCGUCCACAAGCUCGAGUUCUGCGACUGCAAGAAGGGACUCGGUGUGAAGAUCAUCGGAGGCUACAGGGAGCUGACCGGGGAGGAGUUCGGGAUCUACAUAAAGAGAGUGAUCGGAGGAGGGCUGGCCGCUCUGGACGGUCGGCUUAAGUCAGGUGACCUGAUUCUGGAUGUCAAUAACAACAGUCUGAUCGGGGUGACCAAUGAGAGGGCCGUGGAGAUCCUGAGGACGGCUUCUCUCUCCAAUCACAUGUCGCUGCUGGUCGCCAGAGACGAUGAGUCCAGGAGGGAGUUUGCUGAGCUGAUGGAAAAGUACGGAUCCAAUAACGUCACAGCUUCAGGACGGAUCUCACCCACGCAGCUCUGCACAGGGAAGCUGACGGACACGGCUUCAUCCUCCUCUUCCUCCCGAUCAGAGAGCCCCCAGCUGCUGAGCCCUAAAGAGGGGGUCACCGCCUACAGCCAGGCCUCCACCUACACCAGCCACCAGCACGCCGUGCACACGCCUGCGCACGCCUUCAGUGACAGUGUCAUUCAGUUGAUAUGCGUUGCCAAGGGAACGGGCCUGGGGCUGGUCAUCAAGGGCGGAGCCAACCGUGCCGAAGGACCAAUGGUGUUCAUUCAGGAAAUAGUGCCUGGAGGAGACUGUCAGAAGGACGGCAGGCUGCAGGUCGGGGAUCAGCUGGUGUCCAUCAACAAAGAAUCUCUGAUUGGAGUGACGUAUGAGGAGGCCAGAAGCAUCCUGACAAGAACCAAACUCAGACCUGACCCCACAGUGGAGAUUGCCUUCAUCAGGCGGAGGUCUUCCUCCAGCUCCAGCAGUGGACCACACAGUCCCAUCUCUCUGCAGGGCUCCGGGGGAGGAGGACCCCAGAUCAGAGCUCCAGGGCUGGGACCUGGACCUCCACAGCCCACCAUGGUCACCAAGAUCACCUCCAGCAGGAACCCAGCCAGCGAGACCCUGCCCACCGUCAACGUCACCCAGGUCCGAGUGUCUCCAGCUCGAACAGAACAGACUCUUGUUUCCUCCCCAGCAGAGACUCACAGCAGCACUGAGACAAACACUGAGCUCAGCAGCAGUCUGGUUCCUCAGAAAAGUCGCCUCAGACUGGACCAACUGGAUCAGGCUCUGGAGGUGAUCGGUCUGAAGCCCAGCGAGUCCCAGCGUCAGACGCUGCGGUCCAGAAUACGAGUCGAUCCGUCCGGAACCGUCGCCUUCUCAGACUUUGAGAACUUGACCAGAGAACUGUUCAAGCCUCAGCUGGAGGAACUUCCAGUCCUUCAUCCAGGAUCCAGGUUCACCUCCGAGGAUCUGUUCAGUCUGCUGGAGACGCCGUCCAACCCGCUGCCGUCUCUGUCGGACUCUGAGGAUCUGGAGGAGAUGGAGAGGCUGAGGAAGGAACACAUCGAGGCUCUGAGGGAGAUCAAGAGGCUGCAGGAGCAGCUGGUGGAGUCUCAGAAGGUUCAUCAUCAGCUGGAGGAGGAGCUCAGCAAAGUAAAGCAGGAGGUGAAGGUCGGAGCUGAGGAGAGCCGGUGUCUCCGUUCUCGGGUCCAGGUGGCUGAGGAGGCCCAGAAACAGGCCCGAGGGAUGGAGAUGGACUAUGAGGAGGUGAUCCACCUGCUGGAGGCCGAGAUCGCCGAGCUGAAGGCCCAGAAGAUGGAGCAGCCGGCCAAUAAGGUGGCAGCUAGCAAGGAGGAGGCCGAGGAGCUGAAGAAGAGAGUCGCCGUCCUCGAGUGUCAACUACGGAAAAGUGAAGCGGCCAAAAAGGGGUUUGAGAUGUCGACCGGGAAACUGCUGAGUUUUGUAGAGAACGUUCAGGAGUUCCUGCUGGAGAGUCACGGACCCACAAAGAGCUACAGCUCCGGAGACGUGAAGGUCGGCCCGUCGUCUCAGAGCGCGGCGUCCCGCCAUAAGAAGAGUCCGUGGACGGCGUCCUCGUUGGCCCAGGAGGCGAAGGAUCUGAGCCGGACGGUCCGGGCGGUUCUAGAGUUCGACUUGCUGACCUUCUAGAGGAACGCCGACGCCGGAACCUCCAGAACCCGACGGAACCGGCGACGGAGCCUCGACCUGCAUGAAGCUUUUUGUUUCUGUGAAGCAGCUUCCUCCUGUCCUCCUCCGACCUCCAACAUCUAAACAUCUAAACUCCGCAGGAAACAUAGAACCUCUGAGGAGGAGACGGACCUUCAGCGUUUGGUCCUUCAGAUCCAUCAGAGAAAAGCCUGCAGAAAACGAAAGAAAUUACUGAAGAAUAUUGGUACUUUAUACGUCAGAAAAAGAUGGUUAAAAUAAGAAACAACAGAAUGAAAAGAAUUCUUCCAAACUUACAGAAAUAUCAGUUUCAUUUUCCACUUCUUCCCCAAAAAUUCAAACAUGUACAACUUUAAAAAAACAAACAAAAAACGCUCGUUUUCCAAAAAGCUGAACUUUUAUUUUAAUUCAGUUAACUUUAAAUUCAACAUUAAAGUGAAAUUAUUCAAUUUUUUUAAAGUUUAAAUUUAUACAUAAAUCUUUUCCAAGAAAUUCACCUUUUUAAAAAAAUCCAACUUUUCUUUCUCAAAAUCAUCGAAGUUUUCCACAUCAAAGUUCAACACUUUUUAAAAAUCUAAAUUAUUUUUUUAAUUUUUAAUUUUUCUUUUGAAAGAAAAACUAUAAAAAAAACAACACAUGUAGUGGUUUAUUUCUCAAAAUUACUUAAAACUCUGACAAUUUUUUCCCCAAUUUUCAACGUUUUUUAAAAUUUUCUUUCUCAAUUUAUUAUUAUUUUUUUGGACAUUCUGAGUUUCCUUUUUUUAAAAUUUAGUUUUUCCAUCUGAUCAGUUUUUUAUCAGCGUUUUAAAUUUAUUUCAUCAAAGGUUCUUUUUAUUUUAAAUCCAACUUUUUUGUUUUACAAUUAAAUUGAUUUCUGUUUUGUUUUGCUUUUUUUUUGUUUUGUUUUGUUUUUUACUUUGCCCCGAACUCGCUAAAAUUAAAAAUUCUAGUAAUAAAAUGAUUUUUUCCUUAUUAAGCACUUUAAAAAAAAUCUGAAAAAAAUAAAUAAAAAACAAUCAGAAUCUGUUACACAAAGUUUUUUUUAUGAAUUCUGAAUUUUUAUGUAGAAUUUUAAAAACAUAUUUCCACUUUCUUCUUAUAAGAUAAACAUUGAAAAUAAAUAAGACUAUUCUUCCUUAAAAUUCAACUUUAAAAAGAUCUGACAGUUUUCCCCAAUUUUCAGGUUUUUGGAUUUUUCUUUUUCUGUUUUUUUUUUUUUGGUGCCUUUUUCAAAGUUACAUUUUUCUGUCAAAAGUUUUUUUUAAAUCUAGGUUUAGUUUGUCUAAAGGGAAAAUUUUUCUUGAUUUUUGUUGUUUUGUUUUUUGUUUUUUUACUUUUCCCCUAACUCGCCAAAAUAAUAAAUUCUAGUAAUGAAAACAUGAAUCUUUCCCUCUAAAGCACUUUAAAACAAAACUCCACAUCGGAGCAAAAUGAAACAAAUAAAAAGUGGAAAAUAAAGUGAAUGUUCUGAGACUCUGCUGGACCAAACCAGAACGUUGCUGCUGUUCUUCAGCUGAACCCGAUGUCCGUCUGUUCCAGUAAAACAUUCCGUCACUAGAACUCGUGUCCAGAGAUAGUUGUGUGUCUGUCUGUGGUAGUCGUGUGUUCCACCGUAGAUUAGCAGCAGAUUCAUUAAACACAACCGAGACCAAAACUGUUCGAGUUCAGGAAGAAAACGGACCAGUUUCCUGUUUGUCCUCUUUCAGAGUAAAAGUUCUGGAACAAACUGCAGAUCCUGAGUUUUUCUUUGUAAAGAGAUCUGUAAAAUAAUUACUGGUAUGAUGAAAUAAAAAAGUUUCUGCUGCA